CUGGCAGAGAUGAAGAAGAAGCUGGAGCAGGAGGCUGCGUCUCUGGACAGUGCAGAGGAGGGACGCAAGCGAAGCCAGCGGGAGUUGGACAGUGUGAUGCAGCAGCUGGAGGAGAAGACCGCAGCCUACGACAAACUGGACAAGACAAAAACCCGUUUACAGCAGGAGCUGGAUGACCUCAUAGUGGACCAGGACCACCUGAGGCAGAUUGUCUCUAACCUGGAGAAGAAGCAGAAGAAAUUUGACCAGAUGCUGGCCGAGGAGAAAAUGAUCUCUACUAAGUAUGCAGAGGAGCGCGACAAGGCCGAGGCUGAGGCCAGGGAGAAGGAAACACGAGCUCUGACACUGGCCCGUGAGCUGGAGGCCAUGGUGGUUCUGAAAGAUGAGUUGGACCGGGCUAAUAAGGUGCUCAAGGCUGAGAUGGAAGACUUGGUCUCCUCCAAGGACGAUGUUGGCAAGAGUGUUCAUGAGCUGGAGAGGUCAAAGCGUGCCAUGGAGCAGCAGUUGGAGGAGAUGAAAACUCAGCUGGAGGAGCUGGAGGAUGAGCUGCAGACCACGGAGGACGCCAAACUGCGUCUGGAGGUCAACAUGCAGGCCAUGAAGGCCCAGUUUGACCGAGACCUGCAGGCCCGAGAUGAGCAAGGAGAGGAAAAAAGGAAACAGCUGGUUAAACAGGUGCGUGAGAUGGAGAUCGAGCUGGAAGAUGAACGCAGGCAGCGUAGUGGGGCCCUCUCAUCCAAGAAGAAACUGGAGAUGGACCUGGCAGAGCUCGGAUCCCAGAUCGAUGCUGCCAACAAGGGCCGCGAUGAGGCCCUCAAACAGCUGAAAAAACUCCAGGCCCAAACGAAAGACUUGAUAAGAGAGCUGGACGAGCUGCGUUUGUCCAGAGACGAAGCCAUCAACGGGGCCAAGGAGAUUGAGAAGAAGCUCAAGGACAUGGAGGCAGACGCCCUGCACUUCCAGGAGGUAUGAAUGUGGAAAAUAACAACUGAAAA